ACCAUCAUGUCAGCCUCCUCUGACACGCUACAGUUUUAUUUCCCUGGCUAUGGUGACUCCAUCCUUACCAAAAUGAGGGCCCUGAGAGAGGAACGCCGCUUUUGUGAUAUCACACUUCUGCUUAAAGGGUCAAAAGACACCACUGAUACCCCUCCUCUUCAUUUCCAUGGUCACCGUGUGGUGUUGGGGGCAUCUUCUGACUUCCUGCAUGACCAGUUUCUACUUCAUGAGGGACAGUCUCAGCUGAAUUUGGGUGUGGUGCAAAACAUGGAGGUUGGCAGAAGGCUGCUCCACUCUUGCUACACAGGGAUGCUAGAGGUCCCUCUUAGAGAGUUAGUGAGCUACCUCACUGCAGCCAGUGCCCUCCAGAUGAGUCAGGUGGUGGAGAGGAUUGCCCAGGCUGUCUCUAAGUAUCUUAAUCCUACGUUGGCUCACCUGAAAAUAGAAAAACAGUCAGAAGGAGAAACAAUGGAAACCCAGCAGCCAGACAGCGGCUGGCCCAACAUUAAUUUCCAAGAUCAGGGGGAAAGAGAUGUAGAACGGCCAAGCACCAGCUUUCCAAAUCAGGGGGCGGUAAGAACUGACCAUUAUGGAGCAGGCGGAUUUAAGUCUGAGCUGAUUGUGAAGCAAGAGGCCAAGGUAGAGAGUACAAAACAAAGGGAGGUCAGAGAAGAUGAAAAAGUAGAUAAAACUAAAGUUGAAUUAUCAAACAACACAGCCUUUUGCCUUGAAACCCUGGACUCAGAGGAAGAUGGAGCAGUCCAGCAGGUCCAUACAAACAGUCGUUCUUACGACCUCUACCACUAUACAGGUGCCCAUAGACGCAAACAGAGACCUCCUACAUCCUUCCGCAACCCAAAACCAUCUUCAGUCAAUGAAAGUUCUGCUACUCAGUCAGAACUGGCAGACAGCUCCCAGGAACAUGGUGAUGAAGAAGGGGAGGGGCAAAAGGAGGAGGAGGAAAUGUAUAUGUUGACUACUCAGCCACAAGAAGAUCAAGACUCAGUGGAGGCCCACCUGCUUCAUCUUGCAGGAGCAAACCUAUCGGGGAAUCAUUUAUCUGGAGUAGAGCAAACAGAUGUGGAAGGCCUCUUAGUUCAGAGGCCCUAUUUGUGCAGGAGGUGUGACCGGGUCUUCCAGCACUUGGAAAAUUACGUAGGACACCUCAAAGAACACAGGCAGUACUUGUGUCUACUUUGUGGGAAGAUCUUCUCUCAGAAGAGUAACCUGACACGUCACAUACGGGUCCACACCGGCAUAAAGCCCUUCCACUGCCCACUGUGCCACAAGACAUUUUCCCAGAAGGCCACGCUGCAGGACCACCUCAACCUGCACACAGGGAACAAACCUCAUAAGUGUAACUACUGUGCUGUUCACUUUGCACACAAGCCUGGCCUAAGGCGUCACCUAAAGGACAUCCAUGGCAAGAGUAGCCUGCAGAAUGUGCUUGAGGAAAUUGUUGAUUGAAGCCCAAGUAGCACCCAUAGCGUAAUUCUUAGGCACUGGCAUUGUUCUUAGAGAAAACAGUUUAAUCAUAAUUUCUUGGCAUUUUUCAGUCUGGACACUCCCAAGUCUGCUUUGAACUCAAUGUAAUCCACAUACCAAUACUAGAUCCUGAGGUGGUCAGGCUCGCACUGUGCUGGGACUAUCAUAUACUUUGGUUGCAGUCUAGUAAAAAUGUACACCUGAGCACUACAAUAUCAAUAGCAGAAGGUAAAAACAGCAAAAAUAAUACAAUUGUUGGAUAAAGUGCCACAUCAUCACACAUCAAAUCUGAAUGUGACUAUGGUCUCAUAAAAUGUUCAGAUCUCUUUUGUUCAGAUCUCAAAAGUAAAAAUCCAAUGA